AUGCAAGACAAUCUAGCACAGGAAUCAUUAGAUGACAAUCUAUCUCAACCAAGUCUACCAGCACCGUAUGAUAAAUCGAUUAAAGAAACAACGAUAACUACGCAAAGUGAGCAGAGACACAACCAGAUUUCAUCACCAAAUUAUGAUAAAGAAAAUAAACAAAUCUUGCAGAGACCAACACGUAAAAGACCACGUCAAACAACAACAGCUUAUAUAAUUCAACCGAAAAAAAGCGAACGUUUGGCUAAAAGAUUACUGUGUUAA